CGAGUAAUAUCGACAAGCAAAGUAUCGAUACUUUUACUCAAAAAAAAGGUAUCGGGGAAACACUAUUCCCUAUUUGUUCUUUAAACAAGGGUCUGGGGCUAUCCUUGCGUUAACAAGGUAUAUCAUCUUGUUUAAUAAUUGAUGUGAAAUUUUCGUUUACUGUUCAAAUCAAAUCUAAGUUGUUGGAUAUAAUUGUGAUAUACAUCAUGUAAACUCUACCAAGUAAGAAAGAUCAUUCUGAACUUUGUUCAAUGAUUAUCAAAAAGAACGGUUGUAAGUUACUGUUUAUUUCAUUGACUUAUCAUCAUGUAUUUCUAAACUUACCAUACCAUGUAUAUCAUAUGAAUGCAUGAUUGGAUGAAAAAUAUCGAUUCACUUGGUCGUUUUGUUGCUAUUAAUUGCCAACAUUAGUAACCAUGGAAUCGUAAAUUUCCAAAUACCAAGGAAAAGCUUCAGUAUAGCAGUAAAAACGGAGAUGUGAAAAAAUCCGUUGAUUAAUUUGAAUGAAUAACAACAAGGUCUUUCAACCUUAGCAUGAAUAUUGGCGCUAAGCUUAACCGAAUUGAUUACCUUCAAGUAGGUUUGACUUCACAAAACACUUUGAAAGCCUUAAGUCCAGGAUCGUCUGACAACCAUCUUACUGUUAUCGCUGUGAUUGGUGAUCAUUCGGGUUCAAUUCAUUGUUUCUCUCUGCGUCCAGAACCAUCAACUCUAGUGAACACCAUUUUCAGAACUCUGCCAAAUCCAAAUGGAAAGGUCAACUGCCUUCAGGUUGCAAGAGACGUUAUUGGUUCGCCUAAAAUUUUGAUAGCUUUUGGUUCUUCCAUGAUUCGUGGUUACACAGGUAAAGGGAAACAAUUUUUUGGUCUCCAGUUGAACAAUUUAACCGAACCGAUCAAACAUUUUCAAAUUAUCUGGCCGGUUGAUGUUUACAUUUGCGGUUAUUAUAUUUACAAUCACUAUGUUUUAACACCUGACACAUGGACAGAUGGUAAAAACAGCAACAGUUCAAUUCAAUCUAAACAUUUUUACAUCUCGCCAAGUAAAAUUACCGGAUUUAUUGUCACUUUUAAUUCAGUUAGUAAACGUCCAGUUCCAAUUAUCUCAUGUGAAGAUAGACUGAUCAGGAUAUUGAAGAAUUCGACUUGUCAAUAUGAGAUUGAAACUUGUGGUAUUCCUUGUGUGCUUUUUUCCUUGGAAAGGUCAAGCAAGAGUUCCAAAGUCAAUCUUCUUUAUGGAACCAUCGAAGGAAAAGUUGCCUUAAUUUCUUUAGAUUUUGGUUUUAAUGAGGUGAAUGCUGAACAUAAAUGGCAAAUUCCCGACAAAGGCUAUCGCUCUCAAGUUAAUUGCAUUACAAUGAUGGAAUCAACAGGUGAGCUUUAUAUUGGACGGUCUGAUGGUUUAAUUGAGGUGUGGGUCUUCAUGGAAACACUUGAAUCCAAUGGAUCUCUACUUAUCAAUGUUGACCAAAGUCCCACCCUAUUGACUGAUUACAAUUGUGGAGAAAGCUUAACAUCCAUUUGUAUUUGUCGUGAAGGAACGCUCAUCCUAUGCUGUACCUUUACUGGAUUAAUUUUUGGCCUUAACCGAGAUCAAAUGAAUUCAUCAAAUUAUGAACAGCCACAAAUUGUUUCAAAUCGUGAUAUGGAGCACAAGAUCAAUUCGUUGAAAACUGAAAUAGAUCAGUUGGAGAAAAAAUUGAAUCGAAAGAGAGAAUUUUACCAAAAUUUAACUUCGGGUUUGAUUCUUAACAAGAAACAGAAAAAUAGUCCAUCUUAUUCAACAUUACCUUAUUUUACAAUCAACGACUCGCUCAUUUUACAUGAUGACGCUUCAUAUAUUUUAGCAUUGGAAUCGGAGGUUGCCAUUGAUUCAGUAAUCGUUCAAAGCGAUAUUCCAAUUGAAUUGAUCGACUCGGAACGCAAUUCAGCAGUAUACAGUUUAAACGAACAGGAAUCUCCGCAAGUUUUAGCAACAUUUAGAUGUCAAGCAAAUACAACCCGAUUUGAAAUCAAAAUGCAAUUUGUCGAAGGUCAAGCGGGGACUUUGCGUCUAUAUAUAUUAACUCGGAUGAAUCCUAAAAGCUGCCAGGUUAAGAUUUAUUACAUUAAAGCGUUGUCCCUACACAAACGAAAUUACCACCAAAUUGAUCAAGAAUCUUUGCACUUUGUCAACAAACUUCAUAUUUAUGGUUCAUUUGGAUUGAUUGAUUGUCUAAAUUGGCUUCAACUCUGUUUACCAGAAGUACCAGAACGAAUCGAUCUUAUCAAUUCAACAUCGAUUGAGUAUCACUAUUUAUCAACUCUAAUGGGAACUUUUCUUGAAAUUAAUUUUUACAAAGGAUCGCUCAUUUUUCAAUCCAACAAUUUAUCAACCAUUGCUAUCCUUAAAGACGCCAUCACUCGUGAAGCUACAAAAAAGUCAAUCUCUAUUGAGGUCAAUUUGCAUAUCAAUGAGAAUAGUCUGGGGCAUACAAUUCGUAAAUUGUAUCCAAAGUUGAAACAAUUACUUAGUGAGAAAAGGAUUGAUCUAAUUAAAGAAGCUGUCAAAGAUUUACACGUUGUCGAACCCGAGAUUGCUGAAUCGCUAAGCCAGGAACUGGAAUCUAACUCCAAUCCAAUACUCAUCCAUUUUAAUCUGGAAAGGCUUUAUGGUCUUAUAACUGAUCUUUUUCUUGAUUAUUUCAAGCUGGAAGGAUUAACAUCCAGGUUAACAGUUUCAAAUGUUAGAGGGAAAUUAGACGAACUAAUCAAGCUGAUAGAAAGUAACGUAAAUAAUGAAGACAAUCAAGUGGAUAUUUUGGUUGAAAAACUGAAUGAAUUUUGGGGAAUUAAAACAAUGUCAUGAAUUAGAUUUAUUUGAUAAAGAGUUUUGAUAAUUGUUGUGUUUCUCAACAUGUAAUUAAGUGAUUCUUUAUUUUAUUCCGGUGUCCCGAUGUUUUAUCAGAUUAGCUAAACUUAUGGUCAUAGCAUGAAUAGAUAAGGUGUGCACUUGUUAGUUAUUAUUAGUUGCGUUUGCAUUGUUGAGGAAAACUUGAUUAAGUGAAGUUAUUGACACAAACACUGUUAUAAUGACUGCAACCAAACUUGGACCAACUCCGAGUGUAAUCACAAAUUUAUCUGAAAGUUGAACACCAACCGGUAAAUUACUGAUUCUGUUCAUGAAAAGGGUAGCCUGUUGAAUAGAUGAAGAAUCAAAUUAUUAAAUAAUACAUGGAACAAAUAAUAGUUUUUGAACGUUAA